AUGGGCCAAAUGCCGUUUGUAUCGGGCGUCUCGUUUGUGGGCAUGUGGGGUGUGCAGGUCCCCGCCGCCUACGUGCUCGCGAUCCACUUCCAUUACGGCCUCCACGGUGUCUGGCUCGGAUACGCUGUUACCGCCAGCUUCAAGCUCAUCGCUCUCAGCAGCAAGCUCGUGUCGGUCGACUGGUCUGUCAUGGCUCUCCAGGCCAUCUCUGCCAUGGAGUCGGAGACCACCGCCGCCUGGCACGUCGAUGUGGCCGUGCCAUCGCCCGCGAACGCGGUCUUGGAGCCCAUUGGCGAGCCCUGGCCACUUGAAGCGACCACGCUCUUGCCGCAUCACGCCAAGGCGUAG